CUGUCAAAAUUCAAUCUAAAAUUUUAAGGUUAUGUGUAAUUUAAAUUAAAAAAAAACAUUUAUAAUUUUAUAAUUAGAAAUAAGAAUAAUGUCUGAAGAUAACAGUAAUACUCGUACUUUCGAAGAAGUUAAUAACCUACUCUCUCUUGCAAAAUUAAAUGAAGAUGAUUUAAUCCCAGUAUCUCAAGCUGUUUAUUUUUCAUCGAACGUCCACGAAAAUAAUUUAAAAUUUUUACAAUUAGAUAAACACUUAAUGGAAUGUCUAAAAGAAGGCCAAUUAUUAUAUGUAAAAGGAAACCAUGAUGAUAGCGCCGUUAUCUGCACAAAAAGUCGGACCUAUAAUGUAAUUGAAACGGAGACCUCAAAUAGUUUAUUAUUAGCACAAAAUUUAAAGUUUCAAAAAGAUUUUGAUGAUGAAAAAGACAAAAAAAUAUCAACCACUAAAAUUUAUGGGAUUUUUAAUAGUUAUUUAGAAGUUUUACCAGGAAAACCACAUUUAAAAAAUUUAGGAACAUUACUUGAAAGCACAGCUUAUCGAGGUCCUGAAUAUGAGUCAUUAAUAAGGGAUAAAAAAUAUACUUUUCAAGAAUUAUUAGAUACCGUACAAAUUUCUGAAGAUGAAUUAAAAGAAGCUUUAAAAAACAUGCAUUGUAUUACAAUAGAAAAUAUGAUACGAUUACUCGACUUUCAAUAUCAUUUUCGAGUAUUAUCACUAAUGUUGAAUUUUAUCGAGGAAAAUUCUUGGGAAUUAGAUAGGGUAGAUUACGAGGAAACAAGAAAUGAAUUAAACAAUUUAAUUCCAACAGAAAUAUUAGAUUCAGUUUUUGAUUAUUACGCUGAAGAAACUCAAUGUAUCGAUGGAUUACAACUUUAUCGUUAUAAUGAAUACAAAGUGUGUAGAUUCUUUGCAACCGUUUUAUUGUCAAGCGCUGGGAAAUUUAAUUUGGAGGAAUUUUUAACUGCUUGGGGCGAAUCUGUUCCGCCAGGAAUGAUUGUAAAUGAAGAUAUGUUACAUGGUAUUGCUAUUAUUGAUCGGAAAUCAAUUCCACCUGUUAUUCGAGAAUUUAAAGCUGAUGUUUUACCAGAUAAUGUUAUUGAGAGGCUUAAGGUUUUGUUUGAGGUGAAAGAUAAAUGGACCUUUGAAGAAAUCAGUCCUUAUGUUGAAAACUUAACAUCCACUAAUUUUGGCCCUAGUGCUCUUUUGGCUAAACAUACAAGAAUUUCUACUACGGAUGGGGUUAAAUAUUAUUCUUCUAAACAUUCUAGGUAACAUACAUAUAUUAAGUAUUUUUUAAAUUAAAUAAAAUUAAUGAUUUUUUUAAAAA